GUGUGUGUGUGUGUAGGGGGGGGUUGCUUAACGAACCGCAGCCCCGGAUCCAAGGUCGGGGAGCAGCAGCAGGGUCGAGGGCAGUAGGCUGGAGGGUAGGGUGGGGACGUCUCAAGUGGGUCUGGAGAAACCUUUCCUUAGGCUACCCUCCAGGCAGGCAGAUCGCUGCUAAAUAGCAAAGCCAGCUUGGGCAUCUUGAGCAGCCAAUGGCAGCGUCGUCGAGUGAGCACCAAAGGCUUCAGGAAGGCGAUGUCUUGACUUGCAACUGAAUUGGAUUUAAGUGAAGCAGGGCUGUGCAAAGUCACUUCUCUGGAGUUGUCUGGGUCCAGUGGCAAGAUAUAGACCAGGAUGACUGGAGAUGGCCACCCCUAAGUAUAGAAAAGCAAGCAGACCUUGUUGGAAGCCGAGCAGACAGCCGGGUGGGCCACUGCCAGGCUGGGCAGUCAAUGACCAUGGCCCUCAGAAUGGUCCCAACCCAGCGCAUCUGCUACUGCUUCAAUGUCAGGAUCGCCACUACGGCCCUGGGCAUCUACCACGUGGUCAUGAGUGUGCUGCUUCUCAUCGAGCACUCCGUGGAGGUGGCCACUGGCAAAGGAUACUGCAAAAUCCUGCAGACAUCCUACUACAAGAUUGCGGACAUUGCCUCCAGCUUCCUGCUCAUCAUCAUGCUUUUUAUCAUCAGUGUGAGCUUGCUCUAUGGUGUCCUGAAGAACCGGGAGCGACAUCUUUUGCCCUUCCUGUCUCUGCAAAUCAUGGAUUUUCUCCUGUGCCUCCUCACGCUGCUUGGCGCCUACAUUGAACUCCCUGCCUAUCUGAAGUUUGGUUCCCGAGGGAGACAAGCGAAGGGGCCUUUCAAAGUCCCUCUCAUGACUCUGCAGUUGCUGGAUUUCUGUCUCAGCAUCCUGACCCUCUGCAGCUCCUACAUGGAAGUCCCUACCUAUCUCAACUUCAAGUCCAUGAACCAUAUGAAUUACCUCCCAAGUCGAGAAGGCAUGACUCAAGACCAGUUUGUCAAGCUGAUGAUUGGAUUCUCCAUAGCAUUCAUCAUCGUCCUUAUCUUGAAGGUCUAUAUGUUCAAGUGUGUUUGGAGAUGCUACAAGUACAUAAAAUCCCUAAAUAGGGUUGAGGACAAAGUCAAUACCAAGAUGUUCCAGAAGGUCCUUUUGCCAACCUAUGAAGAAGCCGUGGCGAUGCCCUCCAAGGAGCCGGCCCCACCUCCUUACUCGGCCGUGUGAGCCGCGUUGCUCCCUCCUCCCUUGGGCCAAGUCGCUACAGAAGCUUCCUUUUGCUUUUAAUGGCUCACAGUUACUGUUCAGCUUCCUCCCAGAUGUGUUUGUUUUCGUACCAACCCUAGGAAAGCCCAGGUCUCUUUCACCCCUUCGGGCGGGCGGGGGUCUCUUAUGAUCCCCACCAGUAUAAUGAACUGUCUUGGCUAACGUUAGAGAGGACCUUUCGCACCAUCGGGUCCAAACCCUCUCGUUUUACCGAUGUGGAAUCUCGGGCCCAGAAAGGGAAAGUGACCCGCCCAAAGCUUCACAGAUAGCAAUCCGCAGAGCUGGGAUUCUUUUGCCUCAGGAUCCUUCCGCACAGCACCUUGCUGCUUCCUAGUUGAAUCCAUGGGCCACUUUUGUCGGUAACUGUGAGUCAGUUUAGUCCCGGGGUGGUUCAUUACAUCAAACAGCUUUCAAUACAGUCAGACCGUAGUGAAUGAGUCAACCAACAGCCAACCUGAAGUGCAUGCGUCUUGCUGCUUGGCUGAACACUUGAAGCCACGUCCUCCCCGAAGUUGCAGUGGUUGUGGCGCCUGCAGGGCUCUUCAGAAUCACUUCCCUACUGGCUACUGCUUAUGAGAGAGGCUCCAGAGGCCUAGAUACUGGCCCCUCUGUGGUGCCGGAGAGGAGGGCUAGAGACGGGGAGCCGGACCUGGGUGAAGGGAAAGAGGUUUCUGGGCCCCGUAUAGUUGUUUUCCAUUUGUAACAGGGAAGGGCUUCAUUAAAAUUGCAUUAAAGCUUUU